UGAAGGUAGGAAUCCAGCACAAUGGCCGCCACCAUGAAUUUCUCAAAAAUGAAGUUGAAUGACCUGAAGAAGGAGCUCAAGGACCGUGGUCUUACCGUCUCUGGAAACAAAAGUGAACUGAUUGCACGCCUCAAAGAACACAUGGAAAUCAAUGAAACAGCUGACAAUUACAACGAUGACAUAUUGACAGACACUAGUAACAGCUCUACCAUUGGUGAACCCAAUGAGCCUGAUCUGGAACUUGGUGGUGACGAUGACUUGGAGGAAAACGUUGAUGAUGAAAUUCUUAAGGAUGAUGAGGCUCUCCCUUUGGAUACUGGCAACCCCCCUGAUACUCUUCUGGAUGAUAAACUUGAAGAUGCCCUUGGAAUUGGCACAACUACCGUCGAAACGAUUCUCGAUGAUAAAGAGAGCAAGAAGGAACCAGCCUCGGUACUACAUGGAGAGGAUCAAGUCAGUCCUGACAAAGAUCAUGGUGAUGCGAAAGUGAAAUCACUAAAGGCCACACUAACAGCCUCUGAGCGAUUGGCAAUUCGGGCGAAGAAAUUUGGUGUCGUGUCCGAAGAUGUCAAGAAGAAGACAAGAGAAGAAAGAUUUGGCAGCACAGGCAGCACCAGCAGUGAAGCGGUUUCUAGCACAACAGAAGCAGUCCCCAUUGGGACAAGUGUCAAACCAACAGAUAUCAAAAGACUGAAGGAGAGGGCAGAGCGGUUCGGCAGCUCAGUGUCUCCUAGCAUGAGCAAGCUUGAAGAAACUGAAAAACUUUUAAAAAGACAGGAUAGAUUUGGCUCUGCUGAUAGUGCAUUUUCUAAAAAAGUACAGCGGCUGGAAGAUUCCGAGCGUCAAAAAGAACGUCUGAAACGAUUUGGUGCACUGACAGCAUCAUCGGUCUCCGCGGCAGCAACAAGUAGCGAAAUGGACGAGAAGCGCAAACGACGUGCGGAGCGGUUCGGCAAGAUUACUUCAACAUCCAGUGGUGGCGCUAACGGUAAUGUUGACGAAAAGAAACGAAAACGGGAGGAAAGAUUCGGAUCAUCUGUAUAAACUUUUUAGAAAAAUGAAUAUAAUGUCAAAAUGCUGUAAACGUCUUUUAUUUCUGCGAACUUUUUUGCAACAGGGGGUACGAUUGCAAACUUAAAGGACGUGAUGUUUAACUUAUGGCUUUAUCACUUAAAAAUGCACCCAUUUGCAGAAGUGAGUGGAAGCAAAAUCUGAAAAGGAUGUUUUUGCAAAUAAUGGGGUUUACAGUAUUUGGCUUCAUUUUGUCACUGAUAUUAGUAUGGGAUAUCAAGGACAAUUAUUUUUCAGAGUCAUUCAAACAUAUCGGAAGUGUACGGAAUGAUUUCACCUUGAAAUCAUUGCUUUAUUGCGGUGUUGACAUACCGGUAAUCAUGUGACCUGCUCUGGUAAAAGUCGGUGCUUAUCGCUUGUGAAAACAAGGGAGAUAAAAGGCCAAAAUUGAUGCUCUAAGAUGUCAAGAAAUAUUGCAUAGCGCUCUAGUUUUCACGAUUGCUAGGCCCUAAUGCAUUUUCUUCAAACUUACCUCAAACAAAUCUGUACAUCCUGUCCAACCAGUUUAAUCUGCCUACAACCGCUCCAGCAUUGGAAAUUUGAAUACACACGUAGGUAUUUGUACAAGGAAUUGUCAUGGGUAAUGACUAAGCACAAGAUCCAGUUGCAAGUACGUCAUGACCAGGAAUUGACAAUAGUCAUUAUCAUUUCAAAGGUAAUUUCAUGCAAAACCAGGCCAUUCUAAUAACUCAAUAUCUGUCUUUGAUCCUAUUAAUGCCUACUUUUUUGAGCAGGUCACCUGAGUAUAUUCUGGGAGUUUGAAUGAUUCAUUGUGAAGAAUGUAUUUUCUGCAUUUUAACCAUUCGAUGGUGAUUCCUGUACAUUACAAUGUAGUUGUACAUGUGUACAGUAUUUGUACAUGUAAAUAGUGUCGUGUAUGAGAUCAAAAAUAUACUCAAGUUUCACUGAUAUAAAACCAGUUCUGAAUAUACAAAUUCAGCUGAAUAUAAUGCAUGUGGUCAUUGAUGCCAUUUAUCACUGUCAAUUUGGUUAGACAAUGUAUUGAAGACACCAGUUUGUCUGAUGGUCAGUUCCGAAUUGGCCUUUAUUUCGAUUUUCUAGUAGUUAAACAACUAGUCUUAGAUCAAUGAAAAUAGAGUAUAAGUUUGCCUUAUAUAGUUUUUGAUAGGAUGUGUGUAGUUGUUGACCAGUGACAACACAUUUUAGUAACUGCCAGAAAUAAGUACAUUGCAUAUUUUCAUGUUUCAUUUCAUUUCGACAUAAAUUACGAAUGUAUAAUGCAUAGUUUAGUGGGGAUUGUCCAGAUUUGAGGCAUUUGCUGCCUAGUUCUUGGAAAUCUUGGGUCCAUUUGACAUGAAAUCUGUUCAAAAGCACGCUUCAUUGUGUUCUAUCAUGCAGCGGGAAGACAUCAACAGUGCCAAUGACUACGUACACCAGUAUCGAUUGACCAUCAUUUUGCGGAUACGUGCAUUUGGUAGUCUCAGAUCUGGCCUUGAGGGUACGUACGCAUAGGGGGAGGCAGUACUGAAAAAUAGGAAACAUUCUGCAUACAUACUACAUGAAUGGCCCCCUAAAUUAAUGUUAAAUGGGUUUCUUCUGUCCAUUUUUAACUACAAUGUUUUCAAUAAAAAAAUUUAGGUACUCUGUAAAA